AGUGGGUGAUGUAAAUAUAAGUGACAGUUUCUUGUACUGUCUUGAUAGUUGAAGCAAAGCAAAGCAAAUCGAAUGAAUAAUGGUUACAUCCUCUAUUCGAUUUGCCUCUCUUCUUCUUUCCCCAUUAACCCCUACUUCUUCUCACUCUCACACUCUUUCUUUUGCCUCACCCUCAUCCCGCUUCUCCUCGAAUUUGGGAGGAAGUAGAAACGUUACUCAAAAAUCUUAUUUGAAGGCGAAGGCUGUUUAUGUUAAUGAUUUUUUGGCCUCCGAGGCCGAGAAGAAUUUAAUUCAUGGAAUUUGGUCCAUCAGGGAAGAUUUGCAAGUCCCAUCUUCUCCUUAUUUCCCUGUACAUGCACAAGGACAAGGACCACCACCAAUGGUGCAGGAGCGUUUCCAGAGUGUUAUUAGUCAGCUUUUCCAAUAUAGAAUAAUACGUUGUGGAGGACCGGUUGAUGAUGAUAUGGCCAACAUCAUAGUUUCUCAGCUUCUUUACCUUGAUGCCGUGGAUCCUAGCAAGGAUAUUGUCAUGUACGUAAAUUCUCCAGGAGGAUCAGUGACAGCUGGGAUGGCGAUAUUUGAUACUAUGAGGCACAUUCGACCUGAUGUGUCCACUGUUUGUGUUGGAUUAGCAGCAAGCAUGGGUGCUUUUCUGCUAAGCGCCGGGACCAAAGGAAAGAGAUACAGCUUGCCAAAUUCAAGGAUAAUGAUUCAUCAACCGCUUGGUGGGUUUCAAGGAGGGCAAACUGACAUAGAUAUUCAGGCAAAUGAAAUGCUGCACCAUAAGGCAAACUUGAAUGGGUAUCUGUCCUAUCAAACUGGCCAAAGUUUAGAGAAGAUCAACCAGGAUACCGACCGUGAUUUUUUCAUGAGUGCAAAAGAAGCCAAAGAGUAUGGACUCAUAGACGGUGUCAUCACAAAUCCCCUAAAAGCUCUCCAGCCAUUAGCGUCUGCAGCCGAAGUUAAUGAUAGGGCUAGCGUUUGAACAUGAGAGAGACUGUUGCUUCAUUUUGAGUGAACCAUAGUGUUAAGUAAGAAUGAUUAAUCUUCCCAUGUUGAUAUCUGUGUGAAAUUGUGCCCGAAAGUUGAGGUAAAAAUGAACACAGUAUGUUUUUUAUUGGUUCAAAUUUUCAUGAUUUAUUGUUCUCUUGUAACCAUAAGUCAUCCAUAUAGUGAAAUUGGAUUUUUUUUUAUAUACA